AUGUUCUGGGUAUGGGCAUCACUCUUGGCCGCUGCAGUGACACUUGAACCAGACCGAAUCGACAUGUCCGUCUCAAAAAUCAACAACACAACAUACAGGAGUCUUGAAGGGCUUGUCUCAAAGGACUCAUACUCUCUUGUGAAAACAAAGGACCUUGGGGAUUUUCCUUCGGAAUCCAAGUGUACGCUUCUUUCUUGUUUCACAAAGAAAAAGUCCAUCUUUAAUGACGAGUAUAUAAACCUACUGGAAACCAGAGAGGCAUACACAGGCUACAAGACUAACACUGGGUCUGCAGAGAUUUGGAGGAAGAUAUGGGAGAUCUCUAGAGAGGAUACGUUGCUUCCGACUUUGGUAAGCGGGCUUCAGUUCUCUAUAUUGACCCAUCUAUCCUCCUUCCACAGAAACUUCUUCGGCACCUAUCUUCCAAAUCCUGUUCUUUUCCGCAAGAGGUUUCGAGACAACCAUCGAUUGAACUUCUAUUUGACCUACUUCCUCGUAAGAAGCUGUGUCGGGAACAUUGAUGUGGAUCAAUCAGAAUUGAGCGGCGGUUUGUCAAGCAUAAUUCAUGCCAUAAGAGCCCAGGGAAGCACAAACUGGGUUAUCCAGCCCGUGGACUUGGAGAAGUCCAUACAGAGAGUCGAUGAAAUGAUUAGACUUCUGAAGUAUGUAAACUGUGAGAAGUGUCAGCUGUGGGGGACAAUCCAACUGAAAGGCCUAAGGGCUGCGCUGAAAGUAUUUUCUGGGUCUACAGACUUGGAAAGUCUCGAGAGGUUUUUCCUUGUCAAUUUCUUUAUGAGGCUCUCGGUUUCUGUUAGAGAAAACAUUAAGCUUAGGAGCUACCGGGCACCUCUUCUUGUGACAGCCUCUCUCUACUGGUUGGAAAUGCUUUCCUCUGCUGCUUCUCUUCUGAUGAUCUUCCUGGUGUCGAGGGCAAGAAGCAAGUUCAAAAGCAGAAUUGCCCUCAAGAGCUGUAUGUAA